AUGCUAUUCCUUGCUCGAAGAGCCGCUGGCAGCGGGGCUGUCGCAGCGUCCAGGGGACUCUCGGGGUUCCGAUCUGUAUCGAGAAGAAGUCUGCUGUCGACCCUCGCCAUUCUGGAGCAGAGAGAAGGUCAAUUGAACCAUGGCUCACUGAGCGCCAUCACAGCAGCAAAGAAGCUGGGAGGAUCCAUCCACGGCUUUGUAGCGGGAAGCAACAUCAAGGGUGUUGCCGAUGAGGCGGCAAAGGUUGAAGGUGUUGAGAAGGUCAUUGCAGUCGACAAUGCCGCGUAUGACAAGGGUCUCCCCGAGAACUUCGCACCGCUGUUGGUCGAGAACAUCAAGAAGGGCGGCUACACCCACAUCAUCGCUGGACACACUGCCUUUGGAAAGAACUUGAUGCCCCGCGUUGCCGCCAUGCUGGACUCGCAGCAAAUCUCCGACAUUACUUCGAUCGAGGGUGAGAACACCUUCGUCCGCCCAAUCUACGCCGGCAAUGCCAUCGCGACAGUAGAGUCAUCCGACGAGAUCAAGGUUAUAACCAUCCGAGGCACGGCCUUCCCCGCGGCCGAAGUUGCUAGCGGCUCAGCUACGGUGGAGGAUGGCGUUGAUCCCAAGUCUGACUCUGCUACUGAGUGGGUGUCAGAAGAUCUUGCCAAGUCAGACAGGCCGGACCUUGCUACCGCUGGGAGGGUUGUCUCUGGCGGCAGAGGCCUCAAGUCUAAGGAGGAGUUCGACAAGGUCAUGCUGCCCCUGGCCGAUUCUCUGGGUGCUGCUGUUGGCGCCUCCAGAGCCGCUGUUGAUAGCGGGUACGCUGAUAACAGCUUGCAAGUUGGACAGACUGGCAAGGUCGUUGCACCUCAGUUGUACCUGGCUGUUGGCAUUUCAGGUGCCAUCCAGCACUUGGCUGGUAUGAAGGACAGCAAGGUCAUUGCCGCCAUAAAUAAGGAUGCUGAUGCCCCUAUUUUCCAAAUCGCGGACGUUGGGCUCGUGGGAGAUUUGUUCGACAAGGUGCCAGAACUGACCGAAAAGAUCAAGCAAUAA